GGAGGCGGAGCUGCGGCCCCAUCAUGGCGGAAGCGGAGGAGCAGCAGCCGCAGCCCGCCGCGCCGCAGAGCGGCGGCCGCAGCGACGGCGGGGAGGAGGCCGCGGAGGCCGGAGCGGCGGCGGGGGCCGCCGAGCCGGGGCCGCCCGCGGCCGGGUCGCCGGGCACCGAGGAGCCCGCGGGCGACGCGAAGAAGAAAAUUGACGUGCUGCUGAAGGCCGUGGGCGACACCCCCAUCAUGAAGACCAAGAAGUGGGCGGUGGAGCGGACCCGCACCAUCCAGGGCCUCGUGGACUUCAUCAAGAAGUUCCUCAAGCUGAUGGCCUCCGAGCAACUGUUCAUAUAUGUAAACCAGUCUUUUGCUCCAUCUCCAGACCAAGAAGUUGGGACCCUCUAUGAGUGUUUUGGAAGUGAUGGCAAGCUAGUACUGCAUUAUUGCAAAACUCAGGCAUGGGGAUGAACAACAGGCAAUAGAGUUGUUCAGGUGUUCUCUUCAAAAAUGGAAAAAGGACUGUCUUAAACUCAAUCUGUAAACACAUGGCGAGAAGGAUUUUUGUGUUUCUGCCUAUGCCUGUAUGAUGCAGGUGAAUAAGCAAAGAGCUGCCUAGGCUGUCUGAUCAUGUGGCUUCUUUCUGAUGUGCAUCUGAGGUGCAGAAAAAACACCUGCAGUCUGUAGAGUAGAGCCAGCUCUCUUGCUGCUGACUUCUUAAUUGCUGAAGGGAAGCUAUUUCAGUUGCCUGGAGGACUGGCUGGAUGCCUCUGUCUGUAUACUGUACUGAAGAUGAAAGUACCUUUUUUAUUAAAAGUGAUGUCUGUUGUACAUAUGGCCUGGGA